AUGUCUUCGGAUCCAAGUCAUUAUAUGAAGACUUCAGGGCAGAAUGACCCUGUCUGGGUGCACAAAGAACCGUAUUCUAAUCGACCUCAUUUCCCUCAGCUGGACAGAGACGUAGAAACGGAUGUUUGUAUCGUCGGCUCAGGCAUCGCGGGCAUUUCGAUCGCCGAGCAGCUUGUGAGAAGAGGAAUGAAUGUGAUCAUGAUUGAGGCCAGGGACAUCCUAUCCGGAGAGACAGGCCGCACGUCAGGACAUUUGUCAUCCGACCUUGACGACGGCUACACGGCCAUUGAGAAGCUCUUCGGUCGUGACGGGGCUAAGGCCGCAGCCGAGUCUCACGACUGGGCCAUCAAGCACAUUGGGACUCUCUCUGGUCAGCUUGGGAUCGAGUGCGAGUACCGCCAACUUAAAGCGUACGACAUCUCACAGUACCCGCGAGGAACCAAAGAGCACGACGACGACGUGGCCGAACUAAAGGCAGAAGCGAAGGUGGGGAAGGAGAUUGGUCUCGACGUCGAAUACGUCGAAGAUCUGACAAUCAAGGGCUGGGACGGUAAAGUUGACCAACGAGGUGGAAACGUCGUCGGCGAGCAGGCCACCUUCCAUCCAACCAAGUAUCUGCUGGGCAUCCUCAAAUGGCUGAAAGACCAACCCAACUUCCAGUGCUACACGCGCACGCGCAUGUCCAGUUGCACCGAAAAUGGUCUGACCAUCCCAAUCGUCGACGUGCACCUGGGGUCUAAGAAAGUCACGGUGUCAACCCUCAGCGGGCACACCAUAACCUGCGACCAUGCCGUCGAAGCAACCUGCGUUCCACUCCAGAAGCUCAGCUUGGUCGCCGAAAUGGAGUAUCACCGCACAUAUUGCAUUGCGAUCCGCGUCCCCAAAGGGGCGGUAGAAGACUGCCUGAUCUACGACUCCGCCGAAGAAUACAAAUAUGUGCGCUUGACAGAGUGUGACGAUCAGUGGGACUACAUGGUCGUAGGCGGCUGCGACCACAAGGUUGGCCAGGAGGACGAAUGGGACGAGCGAUACCGGGAACUCGAGACCUGGGUCCGCGAGCGCUUUACACAAGCCGGCAGCGUUGACUAUCGGUGGUCCGGGCAGAUCUUCGAACCGGUCGAUUACAUGGCGUACAUCGGCAAGAACUCUGGGAAUGACAGGAUUUAUGUCGUCACCGGCGACUCCGGAAAUGGACUCACUCACGGUGUGAUAGCGGGACGACUGAUUGCCGAUGAGAUCCAGGGCAUUGAGAAUCCUUGGGCGAGCCUAUAUGACCCGAAGCGAAAGUCCACCACCGCGUCUAAACUGCCCAGCAUGGUCAAGCACGACUUACAGAUCAACACACAAUACAAACGCCUGGUCCAAGCCGACAUCACGGACAUCGAAGAGCUCGGCCUCGGCCAAGGAGGCGUGUUGAACCCGAUAGGUCAAAGUCCACAGGCGGUGUACAAAGAUGAGAACGGGAAGAUAACCCGGAUGAGCGCGUUCUGUCCCCAUAUGAAAGGCGUGGUGUGUUGGAAUGCAGACGAAAAGUCCUGGGAUUGUCCUGUCCACGGUAGUCGAUUCAGUGCUGAAGGUGUGCAGUUGAUUGGACCUGCAAAGGCUGGACUAGAGCCGUUUGAUGAGAACGCAAAGAAACGGCAGGAGUUCGCGAUAGAGUCUUGA